AUGGACCUGAGUGCUGCAUGUGGCACACCAUCAUCAGACACCAUCAUCAGACACCAUCAUCAGACACUAUCAUCAGACACUAUCAUCAGACACCAUCAUCAGACACCAUCAUCAGACACCAUCAUCAGACACCAUCAUCAGACACCAUCAUCAGACACUAUCAUCAGACACUAUCAUCAGACACCAUCAUCAGACACCAUCAUCAGACACCAUCAUCAGACACUAUCAUCAGACACUAUCAUCAGACACCAUCAUCAGACACUAUCAUCAGACACCAUCAUCAGACACCAUCAUCAGACACCAUCAUCAGACACUAUCAUCAGACACCAUCAUCAGACACCAUCAUCAGACACCAUCAUCAGACACCAUCAUCAGACACUAUCAUCAGACACUAUCAUCAGACACCAUCAUCAGACACCAUCAUCAGACACCAUCAUCAGACACUAUCAUCAGACACUAUCAUCAGACACUAUCAUCAGACACUAUCAUCAGACACCAUCAUCAGACACCAUCAUCAGACACCAUCAUCAGACACCAUCAUCAGACACUAUCAUCAGACACUAUCAUCAGACACCAUCAUCAGACACCAUCAUCAGACACUAUCAUCAGACACUAUCAUCAGACACUAUCAUCAGACACUAUCAUCAGACACCAUCAUCAGACACUAUCAUCAGACACCAUCAUCAGACACCAUCAUCAGACACCAUCAUCAGACACUAUCAUCAGACACUAUCAUCAGACACCAUCAUCAGACACCAUCAUCAGACACCAUCAUCAGACACCAUCAUCAGACACCAUCAUCAGACACUAUCAUCAGACACUAUCAUCAGACACCAUCAUCAGACACCAUCAUCAGACACCAUCAUCAGACACUAUCAUCAGACACUAUCAUCAGACACCAUCAUCAGACACUAUCAUCAGACACCAUCAUCAGACACCAUCAUCAGACACUAUCAUCAGACACUAUCAUCAGACACCAUCAUCAGACACCAUCAUCAGACACCAUCAUCAGACACUAUCAUCAGACACUAUCAUCAGACACCAUCAUCAGACACUAUCAUCAGACACCAUCAUCAGACACCAUCAUCAGACACCAUCAUCAGACACUAUCAUCAGACACUAUCAUCAGACACCAUCAUCAGACACCAUCAUCAGACACCAUCAUCAGACACUAUCAUCAGACACUAUCAUCAGACACUAUCAUCAGACACCAUCAUCAGACACCAUCAUCAGACACCAUCAUCAGACACCAUCAUCAGACACUAUCAUCAGACACUAUCAUCAGACACCAUCAUCAGACACCAUCAUCAGACACCAUCAUCAGACACUAUCAUCAGACACUAUCAUCAGACACCAUCAUCAGACACUAUCAUCAGACACCAUCAUCAGACACCAUCAUCAGACACCAUCAUCAGACACUAUCAUCAGACACUAUCAUCAGACACCAUCAUCAGACACCAUCAUCAGACACCAUCACCAGACACUAUCAUCAGACACUAUCAUCAGACACUAUCAUCAGACACCAUCAUCAGACACCAUCAUCAGACACCAUCAUCAGACACCAUCAUCAGACACUAUCAUCAGACACCAUCAUCAGACACCAUCAUCAGACACCAUCAUCAGGCACUAUCAUCAGACACCAUCAUCAGACACCAUCAUCAGGCACCAUCAUCAGGCACCAUCAUCAGACACCAUCAUCAGACACCAUCAUCAGACACCAUCAUCAGACACCAUCAUCAGACACCAUCAUCAGACACCAUCAUCAGACACCAUCAUCAGACACCAUCAUUAGACACUAUCAUCAGACACCAUCAUCAGACACCAUCAUCAGACACCAUCAUCAGACUCUGA